AUGACAGAUUUCAAUAUCACCGAAACUUAUUUGAAGUUUUUAAAAGAUGAUUCAGAAAUGACAAUGCCCAUAGCGGCAAUCGAAGCACUAGUAACCCUUUUGAGGUUGAAAAAUCCUUCGACAGCAGCAGAAAUGAUCAACACCAUCAAAUCCGCUGCCGAUGAGCUGACAAAAUCCAUUCCAAAUUCCAUUUCAUUAAGAGCUGGUUGUGAUGUGUUUAUGAGAUUCGUAUUAAAAAAUACCCAUUUAUAUGGUGACUGGGAGAACUGUAAGAAACAUUUAAUUGAAAAUGGUCAAUUGUUUAUAUCGAGAGCAAAGCAAUCUCGUAAAAAAAUUGCCAAAAUGGGUGUAGAUUUUAUUUCAGACGAUGAUAUUAUUCUUAUCCAUGGGUUCUCAAGAGCCGUUUUCUCUUUAUUAACAGAAGCCUCAAAAAAUUUCGUUAGAUUUAGAUGUAUUGUCACUGAAUCUAGACCAACAAACCAAGGUACUCAAAUGUAUAAGGCAUUGAUUUCAAACGGAAUUCCUGCUACGUUAAUUGUCGAUAGUGCAGUUGGUAGUAUACUUCACAGAGUCAAUAAAGUAUUUGUCGGUGCCGAAGGUGUUGCAGAAUCUGGCGGGGUUAUUAAUUUGGUUGGUACAUAUUCAAUUGGUGUUUUGGCCAAAAAUGCUGGGAAACCAUUUUACGUCAUCAGUGAAAGUCAUAAAUUCGUUAGAAUGUUUCCAUUAUCCCCAGACGAUUUACCAGGUGUAAAAGAUUCUUUAGAUUUUUCUUUAACAAACAAUAAUCGCCAUGCUAAUGUUAGUGCUCUAAAUGAAGGUAUGGAUGAUAAUGAACAAAAUGACAUCUUAUGUGGCCCAAUUGUAGACUACACCACUCAAGAAUAUAUUACUGCAUUAAUUACAGAUCUAGGUAUUUUAACACCAAGUGCUGUUUCUGAAGAAUUGAUUAAAAUGUGGUACGAUUAG